AUGGGCCAUGGCUUUGUCCAAAUCUCUUCUCAUCUGUGCGCAUUGGAUGAGAUUCUGCUCAACGAUGAAAAGCUAGCCAUUGCAACACUACCAAGCACUCCGAUAAUUUUGCAUGUCGCGGGAUGGGACAACUUAUACUACGAUUUCGGCCUUCCGACGACGAGGAUGGUGUUCCUUCACACCGUUCGCGGAGCCUCAUGGAGUGGUUCUAUCAGUUUCUUGAAAGUCGACUGUCUACUGGCGGAAGUUCAAGCAAAUUCGGAGGACCAAAAGGAGAUGCUUUCUGCCAUCGCAGUGGGCAUCGGGACCGUCAUUUCUCCGACCGAAGGUCGACCGCUUACUGAUACCGAGGACGUCAAGAAUGUCACUUCAAGUGACGUCUCCAGUUACUACGAGGACGAAGUUGUUGAGAGAACAGUCAUCGUACACUUCCGCGACUUCCGAAGAGAAACGAUGCUAGCUCUUUUCGACAAUUACGCCUCAAACAUGUCUUCGACGUUGCCGUUACUAGAUACCUUCCGUGUUGCUGUUUGGUCCGACGUCUGGUUCGAGGAAAUCCAUCUAUGGGGGCCACUUGCAUUGCUCAAGCGUGCACUUCCUCCUAUUAAUAUCAUGGGGAAUGGGACAUUGGACUCUCAGCCGCAUAGUACGCUUGCAAGGAUGAGGAAAACGAAACACUUGACGAUUGGGCUGGUGGUCGCUGUGACGGGUCCCGAAUGGCUUACCUAUGAUUUCAAAAACGAUUGCCUUCCCGCCAUGCCAUCGGCGGUAGCUUGCCUAGGUUUCAUCCUUCUGUUCACCAUCAUCUUCAUCAUCAACUCUCUCUUCUUCACAAAGGCUUCAUUGACCGCCCGACGCUACACGACAGUCUACUUGAUCGUGGACACCAUACGCUCCAGGAUCAAAGGCAACACCUCAGCGGUACCCAAAAUGUUGAGAAAGUUCUUUAUUGAGAUCUCGGACUCGGACAUGGAUGUUCCUUUGGGUAUUCAACAUGUCACAACGCAGGGGAGCGGAGGGACAUUGCUUAACACCCAAAAUGCAUCUGCUCAACAUGGGAUUUCCGUUGGGCUUAAGACUCCCCCGGAUCCUCACAUGGAUCGUAGUGCUCAGGCUCUAAGACCCUGGGAUCCUGGAUUUCAACGAGUGAUUGCACCUUUGAUUCUCACUUAUCGCCGUCGCCCAAUUGAAAGUUUGGACGAUGAGCUGCUUGAUCAUCACGAUGAAGAUGACGAUGACGAUGAUUAUGAUGACCACGACUACAUCGAUGACAGCGAGACCGACAGCUCGGAUUAUAUCUGGGAACCGCGUUCUUCAAAGCAACGGAAGUCUUCACUCAAGAAGGCCCUACCCACUUGCCUUCCGGGUCCCUCUGCACCUGAGCCAAAGCUACCUAUUGUUCGUUGUAAUGGGCAGUCAACGUUGGAGAACCCCAAUCCCGCGGUUACAUCUGGUCAGAUUCCUUCUUUUCCUCCGUCUGGUGCUUUUGCUAAUGUAUUCUCAUUCAGACUCUCAUGUCCACCCUACUCCGAGUUCUCAACGCCGGUCACCCCAGCAGCUGUCGACAAGGCACAAGGAUAUAAUGCAUACUCGGUUCUUACCAUCACUAUGCGCUAUUCCAAGAUCCGCAACAAAGACGUCCAUGUCCGAUAUUUCACUUCCUCCAGUGCCUCUUACAUACGCUUACCACCUUCAUAUACCCCGUGUUGGACCUUUGAGCCUGAGGAUUUGUAUCUCCAUUGGCAAGGACCAUCUAAUGUCAAAGUGUGGAUCUGGGAGCGCGAUGGCAAUGGCAAGAUAGGUGGUGCUUGGCGUCCGAUCCAGGCAGGGUAUUCGCACCCUCGCCUGCCAGAGCAUCAGUUACAAGUUCUGAAGAGUGCUAGACCGACGUGGAUUAUGAAGUCGACGUGGCACAAAAAUUAUCGACAUGUAGAGGGCGUGUGA